UGCUGCUGAGAGGCGCUCAUAUCUCUGCGAGUACAAUAAAGCAUCAUUUUCUUGUCAUCCAGACGACGACGAAAGGAAAGACUCUUCCAGCUAUGUGUAGGCAUGGUGAAUCUCUUGUGCUAGUAGAUAGAACUGCGCGAAAUCUCUCGUCGGGGGCGCACGCGUCCAGGCUUACACGCGGCAUGAACAAUAACAAUAAAUUUAUCAACUUUAGUCGCCCGAUCGUGGAGAGGCCGUUCGAGAGCUCCGUUGCGAAUCCUGAGCCCUAGCGGUUCAUCGUCAGCAGUGUGCGGUCGAUUGUUGGAUGACUCUGUACACGUUUCGUUCCUUUCGAUAGUGAAAACGCUAGGAGAAAUUGUGUCGUAGGGAUCCGGAAACGAAACUGGAGUUAGAAGUUCCACUUACGUUAUGCGAUCAAAUUCAUCGCUGGAGUCAUUAUUUCACGUGGAAAGAUAAUUCCAUUUGCAUAGCCAGUUCGUUGAAAAGUGUGCACAUCUUUAAUUGAGACAAUUGACGCAGCCUCUAUCAGGGACGAGUGUGCAUUCAGUGUUGAUGACCACCACAUUCGCGUGCGAUUGAACUUGCUCUCUGUGAUGUAGCAGGCCGUGAAAGUGUUCUCAAGUCGGAAAAAAAGUGUAAACAAUGCGCGGGGAUCACGUCAAGAUCAUGUAAUUUGAAAACAAAAACAGUUAGAAAUUUCGAAAGUAAACAUCCAACAAUCCUAGAUAUGGAGCCGAAGAUUACAAACAGUGAAUCCAAGAAAGACUCGCAAAAUAAUGGAUGCGAGUUGGGAAUCAACGAGCAAACGGGUCGGUUACAGUGGUGCCCCGGCUAUCGAUACGCGAAGGUGUUGUUUAUGAUACCGGCCGCUAUGUUGCCGUUGGCGUUGUUGUUCCUAGUGCUCACCCGUUUCCAUGUGGUUGGAUCGGUGAAACAUAUAAGCCAUAACCAUCACCAACAGCAACACAACUACUACUCUGACCAAUCAAAUAAAUUGGACGAGCUGCAAUCACGAUGCAAGUCGGUGAGAAGUACUGUGUCCGAGGUUUUAGAAGCCGAAGAGCGUGAUAUCUUGAAAGAUGUGAGAACUUCGUUUGUCCCAAGCGGUUCGGUGAUCCAUUGUAUUCCGGACGAUCAGUAUGGUGAUCUGCUUACGAUACCGGACGAUGUCGGUCGGUCGGACAUAGUCAACUUUUUCCGAGCGAAGCGUUUCUCGAUAAGGCAAAGAAAGGCGACGAACUCCGUUCAUCAGCGAAUCUCCUGGAGCAGCGAUGGUAGUCCGGAGAGCAUUCGGUCGGCGCAGGUUGAUACCAUGAAGAAGUAUAUGGAUACGAAGAUGGAUCCGUGUGACGACUUUUAUCAGUAUGCCUGUGGUAAUUGGGAUCGUGUCAAUCCUAUUCCCAAGGAUAAGGCUGGGUUGGAUACUUUCGAGAUGUUACGGGAAAGUUUGGAUAGCGUUUUGAAAAAUUUGCUCUUGGAAACCAGUGAUGGCAGCUUGUUGGAGAUAGAAAAUUCCUUGGCCACAACUGCUAGUCCUCCAGAAACCGAACAUAUUCGCAGGGUAAGGAAACGUAUUAUCGGUAAGCGUGCGGUUCUGAACAAGCUCCUUUUGAAGGCACAGAUCAGGAAAACCAAAAGAGAACUAGCAUCCCAUGCCGCUCUGGAAAACGCUGUAAACAACGCGGAAACGAAAGCGCGCCAUCUGUUUAUUUCGUGCAUGAACUACAGUCUCAUUGAGCAGCGAGGACUUCAACCUUUGUUCUCAUUGCUUGAUUCCCUGGGUGGGUGGUCCGUACUGGAUCCUAACUGGAGUGCGGAUAAUUUUGACUGGUUGAAUCUAACCGCGCAGAUCCGUAAGUUCAACAACGACAUCCUGAUCGUCGAAUGGGUCGGUCCGGACAUCAAGAACUCCGAUGAAAAUGUUAUUCAGUUUGAUCAAACUUCUUUGGGCCUACCGACUCGUGAUUACUUCCUGCAGCCUUCCAACCAGAAGUAUCUCGACGGAUACAAGCAAUUUAUGAUCGAUGUGAUUACGUUGCUUGAAGUACAACCUGAGGUUGCAAAAACUGUAGCCGACGAAAUGAUCGACUUCGAGAUUCAGCUAGCCAACAUUACCAGUUCAGUGGAAGAACGUAACAAUGUCUCCGUUCUGUAUAAGAAAGUCAUUUUGGAAAACCUGCACGACGAAGUCCCGGAAAUCGAUUGGACUCGGUAUCUUUCGAUUGUGAUGGAGCGACCGAUAAAUAGCUCCGAGUUUGUCGUCAUGUUCGCUGUAAACUACAUGAAAGAUCUGGUUCAGUUGAUCAACCAAACCGAACCACGCACGGUGGCCAACUAUAUCCUUUGGCGAUUUGUCCGGCAUCGCAUUAAUAACCUGGAUGAUCGAUUCCUGCAAGCGAAGCAGAAGUUUUCCAAUAUACUCUUCGGUCGAGAGAAAAGUCCACCCAGAUGGAAGAAUUGCGUCAACCAAGUGAAUGCCAACAUGGGGAUGGCCGUUGGAGCCAUGUUCGUUCGGAAGUACUUCGAUGAGAAUAGUAAACGCGAUACCCUUGCGAUGACCCACGAGCUUCAGCAAGCAUUUCGGGAAAUUCUGAACGAAACCGAUUGGUUGGACUCCCCCACGAAACGCCUGGCAGAAAUGAAAGUAAACGCGAUGUCCCUGAGGAUUGGGUAUCCCGACUUCAUUUUGUCACACAAAGAUCUCAACGAAAAGUAUGUAGAUUUGGAGAUCGAUCCGGAUAAAUACUUUGAAAACACCUUGAACGUACUCAGCCACAUCCGACGAACGGAUCAGAAUAAGAUCGGCCAGACGGUGAACAAGACCGCUUGGCAUACGGCUCCGGCCGUUGUCAAUGCUUACUACAGUAGGAACAAAAAUCAGAUCAUGUUCCCUGCGGGAAUUCUGCAACCUCCAUUCUACCAUCGGUACUUCCCGAAAUCGAUGAAUUUCGGCGGCAUUGGUGUCGUUAUAGGUCAUGAAUUGACCCAUGGAUUCGACGACAAGGGAAGACUAUUCGACCGUGAUGGAAAUCUGUAUCGCUGGUGGAGUGAUCAUGCCAUUGAAGCCUUUCACGAAAGAGCUACCUGUUUGGUGCAACAGUAUGGAAAGUACACAAUCGACGAAAUUGGAGUUCAGAUCGAUGGCGAGAACACUCAAGGGGAGAACAUUGCCGACAACGGAGGAAUCAAGCAAGCCUUCCGAGCGUACACCAAGUGGCUGUCGGAGCAAACUGAUCCGCAAGUGUUGGAGCAUGAGACGUUCCCGGGAUUGAACGUGACCAGCACUCAAUUGUUCUUCCUCAAUUUCGCCCAGGUAUGGUGUGGAGCGAUGCGACCGGAAGCAACCCGCAAUAAAUUGAAAACUGCCGUUCAUAGUCCUGGGAAAUUCCGAGUCAUCGGAACCUUGUCCAACUCGGAGGAUUUUGCUCGAGAGUAUGGAUGUCCGGUGGGAAGUGCGAUGAAUCCAGCCGACAAGUGCAGCGUUUGGUGAAGCCGACUGACGAUGUUAGAGUUUAGAGUACAGUGCAACACUUGAAAUCGUUUCCAGUGAAAGCAAUUCCGCUUGUAUAUGCAACCAAAUAAACGAUAUUAGCUUUAA